AUGGAAACAUUUAACACUAUUGAACGCGUUAGUAUAAUUUAUGCAUUACAUAAAAGAAGUCAAUUACAAAAGAAAAAAAUUAACAGAAAAAGAGUGCAUUGGGUACACCCAUUAAAUAUGAAAAGAAUUGAAGAAGGACAAUUUCAAGUCACAUUUUUGACACUUCGGCAAUAUCCUAAAGAAUUUUUUAAGUACUUUCGUAUGUCAAUAACGUCAUUUGAUACACUAAUUUUGCUGGUUGGAAAAUAUAUACAAAAACAAAAUACAAAUAUGCGUAUUUCUAUAACUCCUGAAGAAAGGUUAACGGUGACGAUAAGGUAA